AUGACUUCAGAAUGUGACACGACAAAAUGUAUGGACGACGAAAUCCCGACUAUUUCAGAAUCCGCCCCCACAAUAGUACCAUUCCAUGUUUACAAAAUCAAUUUCGAACAAGUCUUCAUCAAUUUUAUCAAAAUCAAAUCGGUGACGAUAAAAAAUCCAAAGUUAAAUGAAACCGCCGAAUACAGUAUCGUGCGUAAUUCGAGGGUCAACCCCAUUUAUCAAGUGUUCAACUUGAACAAAUACCAUGGAUACUCCAACCCUCAAAACGACAUAGAACUGAAGAUUAAAUUCCAGCCUAAUGUGCCCUUCUUGGACUUCAUGGAACGUUUCGAGAUUUGGUUCGGCGUUAACACUCUAGCUAUUCUGCUUUGCUUCGGAACGUGUGUUGCCCCAAUCAUCGAAACUAACUCCACAGAUUUGUAUUUCUUCAAAAACAACGCAAACACUUUCUGCAUGCAAAGCAUUAUUUUAACCAACAAGUCUGAGGUUCCAGCCAUUUUCGAAUUCGAUGCGGAGGAAGAUCAGGAAAUUUUUGCCGUUCAAAAACCCGUCAUGGGCAAAAUUGGAGGUCAUUCAAAGCACAAAAUCUUCUUCCAAUUCAAACCGAAACGAAUGGGGAUGUACGCAAUGCGUUUGUCCUGUCUGAUUUGUUACCACGAGCCCAUAAUAAUUAAUUUGUUCGGAAUAUACUCGCAGACCAACUACAGCCAAAAGGACAUAAAAUAUUACCCUUUUCCCGAGACUGAGCUGAACGGCUACAGUGGCUAUUUCAGAGAUGUGAAAGAACUGAAAACAUACGUGCCACCGAUAUCGUUAAGCCAAACCUUCAUCAAUUUCGGAGGGGUGAACCUGAGCCAGAACCGGGACAAUUUCACCACGGAAACCUUCUGCAUCACCAACCACCUGAAGAACGGCGUACGAGUUGAGUGGUUGUCUGAGGGAAAAAUCUUCAUUGUAAAUCCGGGAAGUAUUUCCAUUCCACCCUGCGAGUCCAUGAGUUUUGAGUGCCGAUUCAAACCUUGCAGUCCAGGCAGGAUGUACGCCAAGACCCUACGGGCGCAAAUUUUUUGGAACUACGACGAAGAUCCCAAAUCUAUUUCGGUACCACUUACUGAAACGGUCCGAGUCGUCGGUCAUUCGUUUACGGAGAGUGAAAUAAUAGCUAAAGCUCGCGUUGACCCUUCUGUUAUAGUUCUACCUCCUUGUAUACCCAGCCAAACUGUAGCAACCACUUUUAUUAUCGAAAACACUGGUACCAUUCCUGUUAUGUUCAAGUUUGUGCCACCCAAAUACACUAAUAUACUUUUAAAACCUAGAAUAGGCGUGAUUGUGAAUCAAAAACUGGUCGCCAUACAAUUCCAGAUACACGAAAUGGAACAACAAACGUGCAUAGAACAAUGGACAUUAAUUUUGAACGAUAACUGCGAAAAGUAUCUUCCAGUGUAUUUGAAAGUUGAAUGUGGAUUACCUGAUAUUACUGUAGACCAGAACAACAUUGUUAACUUUGAAACAGUCCACGAAGGCACACGUACAUCUAAAAUGAUACAGAUAAAAAACAAUACUAUUUACAAAUUAGGAUAUGAAUUUAAGUUGGAUAACGCCGGAUUCUUCAAUGUAGAUCCAAUAGCUGGUACUUUGAAUCCGUACAACGAAACGACAGUGAAGAUGAGUUACUCAGCAGUAACUUGUUCAAAGUCAAAAUGCAAGGAACGUGUGGUGGUGUAUUUGGCCAACAACCGAUUCCAACUCCACCAAUUUUUCCAUUCGUUCUACGUAUUUGCCGAAAAAGAGAAGACUAAUUUAUUUGCUUGUCCGUCAGAUUUGAAACUGGGUAAAAUAACUUGCGGAUACGAGGUGGAUUUCAAUUUUAAACUAAACAAUUUCGGCAAAUCACCGAUUCAUUACAAGUUGUUUGUUGUCGAAUCGAAAGUUUUAUCGCAGGAUGAAAAUAAACACGACACCUUCACGAUUACACCAAACUCUGGCACGAUUUAUCCGAAAGGACUCCACGUUGUAAGAGUUCAAGGUACUGCCAGAGCCGUUGGUGAAAAUAGCAUCAAAAUUGCAUACAUUAAUAAAUUUGACCAGUACUCUCCGUUAUUUGGAACACUGGAAGUGGUCACGGUCUUCCAUUUGACUUACAGCUGUUGUUACACUACUGUGGAGUUUACUGAUAUUAUAGAACACAACUUUGGGAAACUGAUAACGAAAAAACAUCUCUGGGAAAUGCUUCAAAUAAAUCAAAUUAACUCUUUGAUAUAUUCGUGUCGAAUGGGCGAGUUGAAAGAAGUACACGCGGUACUUCCAGAGAUGGUUAAGUCCUAUACACCACUUUGGGUUAUAUUUUCAGUUAAGAAUGAAUCAUCGCCGAAAUUGCCUAUUAAAGUUACUCGAAAAAAAAAUUGCGACUGCAAAAUGGAAAACAGUGCCAGUCUGACGCGGUGGGUCAAAAAAUACAAUUGUCCUCAUCGUGAAAUGCUUUCAAUCGACUACCAGAUAAAUCCUGUGGACGAACUUGAUUAUUGUACUUUCAAUGUUAAAUUCCACGUUGAAGAUGAGAAUAUGUUGUCCUUCUAUUUAAAUGUGCCUGAGGACAGGCGGAUUCUUGUCAAUUUUAAGAUGGUGGCAGUACCAAUGGACACGCACUUCAUCUCAUUUUAUAAAAACUACCACAUACAGCUAUUGGACACGUACAUAGGGGACAAGAAUUCAAUUUUACAGCUGCACUGGUUGUACAACAGUACGCCUGUGGAUAUUUCUUAUACCUUCGACGUCAGUGUUAUUAAAGAAUUGUGCAACAAAGAAGGAUUUCACGUUUUAGAACUGUACAAUUACGAGGGCCUUAUACCCCAUGAUUCCAGAUAUUCGUUGCAUAUUAGAUUUCAACCCAUAGAAGUGAAAAAAUAUGAAGUGAGCCUAUCGGGUAUAAUGGGCAACGAAAAUGUAACGUUGAAAAUAACCGGACAUGGUACAAAGGAGCUGAGCAAACCCCAAACAAUCGACACAUCAAUGCCUGAAAUAUGUUCAACUGACCCCAUUAAAAAUCAGAUUUGCCUUUCAAGGGAUUAUAUGAUAGUAGAAAUUUUCCCGAUUUGGUGCAAUGUUUACAAAAUGAUCUUUAUCAGAAAUACUUCAAAAGAACACGUCUUUUAUUACGAAUUUAAAGACAUAAUUCAUACACCCUUCAUAGAACUAAAAGUAGAAGAGAACAAGCAAGGAUUUUUAAAACCAAAACAAACCCAAAACAUUAUAGUAACUAUCAAAUCGUUUCAAGAAGCGAUUUGUAGCGACGUUAUACUGUAUUGUUCAGUUGUUAAUAUGAGUGAUGUAUAUUUACAUGAACACUAUAAAAAUACUUCGAAUUCAUCUUUAACUGAUCACGAUAGCAUUCUCACAGAUGAUUCGAGUGCACCACUUCCUUAUACGUUGACUUUGCACUUGUACAUCCAUACAAUCAGUUCAUUGGAUAAAGAUUUAUAUUUGAGCACGGACGCACAGCUUAAAUAUAUAAAAGGGACGCACAUCACCGUGGAUCCUCUUAUUUUAACACCUUCUGUAUCAUUUUCAUCAUAUUUUAGUACAAAAGUUGAUAAUAUUAUUGUACUAGACAAAAGACACACUGAAGGUAUACUGAGGAAAUCUAUUGAGACUAUGAUAGGAACGGUAGUAUUUUCAAAUAUGUUUCGGAAACUACUAGAGUUAUCAAUUGAUCAAAAACCUCCAAUAUACAAAAGUGUCAGAAAUCCUUUUGCAUACACACAUGGCAAUACUAGUGAUUUAACAAAACUUCACCACAGGGAUGCGGCGGAUAUACUUUCCAGACCCAAAAUAUUUGAACUGGCUAAGUGUUUUCAAACGGUUAUGAACGAUAUGUUUACGGAUACAUAUAAUUUUAAACAUAUUUCUUCUGUGGAAGAAUGCAUGACGGAAAUAGAAAAGUUUAUUGGAAAGUACAGUGAAUGUGACAAAAGUUGUGCUUGCAAGAAAAAACAUUGAUUUUUGUCUGUUUUUAUUAAAAAUAUUUUAAUACACA